AUGGCCGACGAAGACGUUCAAGCUUUGGUCGUAGACAACGGCUCCGGUAUGUGUAAAGCCGGUUUUGCCGGUGAUGACGCUCCCCGUGCCGUGUUCCCAUCCAUCGUAGGCCGUCCCAAACAUUUGGGUAUCAUGGUCGGCAUGGACCAGAAAGACGCUUACGUCGGUGACGAAGCUCAGUCAAAACGUGGUGUUUUGACGUUGAAAUAUCCCAUUGAACACGGUAUUGUGACGAACUGGGACGACAUGGAAAAGAUUUGGCACCACACUUUUUACAAUGAGCUUCGUGUGGCUCCGGAAGAACACCCGGUCUUGUUGACGGAAGCUCCCCUCAACCCUAAAGCAAAUCGGGAACGUAUGACACAAAUUAUGUUUGAGACCUUUAAUGUCCCGGCCAUGUAUGUAAACAUCCAAGCUGUCCUGUCGUUGUACGCAUCGGGUCGUACCACGGGUUGUGUGCUGGAUUCCGGUGAUGGUGUGUCCCACACUGUACCCAUUUACGAAGGGUACGCGUUACCCCAUGCCAUUGUGCGUCUGGAUCUCGCAGGUCGUGAUUUGACCGAUUACAUGAUGAAGAUUUUGACGGAACGUGGGUAUUCGUUUACUACGACAGCCGAACGAGAAAUUGUGCGUGAUAUUAAGGAGAAACUUACGUACAUUGCAUUGGAUUUUGAUCAAGAAAUGAAGACUGCUGCUGAAUCAUCGGGACUCGAAAAGAGUUACGAAUUGCCAGAUGGUAACGUCAUUGUCAUUGGCAAUGAACGUUUCCGUACCCCUGAGGUGCUGUUCCAACCGUCACUUAUUGGAAAAGAAGCAUCAGGUAUUCAUGACUGCACAUUCCAGACCAUCAUGAAGUGUGACGUUGAUAUCCGUAAGGAUUUGUACUGCAACAUUGUCCUGUCGGGUGGUACCACAAUGUACCCUGGUGUUGGUGAACGGAUGACGAAGGAACUUACGGCUCUUGCUCCGUCUACGAUGAAGAUCAAGGUGGUUGCCCCUCCUGAACGCAAGUACUCGGUGUGGAUUGGUGGUUCCAUCUUGUCGUCGUUAUCGACAUUCCAGCAGAUGUGGAUCUCGAAGGCCGAGUACGAUGAAUCGGGCCCGUCGAUCGUGCACCGCAAGUGUUUUUAA